AUGUGAAAUAAGUUAAUGUUUGGUCGAUAUAUAACCGAUUUAUAAUUUAUUAAUGUUACGUACGAUUUUAUAAGAUUUAAUAAAUCCAUAAUCUUGCAUUACUUGUUUUUUUGUUACGAUUAAUUUAAUCACAUUUCAUUGAAACUGUGAUCCUCGAAAUUUGCCGCAUUGAAAAAGCGAGUUUGCUUCUGUAACCGAACGAAAGGUUCGAUCCAGCUCUAUGGUGAUUUAUAAUAAUGAAUAAUCGUAUAUCGUGAAAUCAUCAAAUUUCAGGCAAAUAAAACCGUAAUACGCAUUGAUACUGUGAUACAUUUACAUUAAUUGCAAGUGACUAUUGUCAUGUUGCGUGAUGCUUGUGGAAAGUAACGGUAUACUUCUGAAGCUUUCACGUCGUACGCCAUCGAAUUUCUGAUUCUGGAUUCUGGAUCCACAGUUUUACAGGAGAGGCUCGUCGCUACAUACAAAGACGAGUUACUGUACUUAGUUCACAUUAUGGGGUUCGAUGUGAACCGCUUUCAGGGCGAAGUUGAUGAGGAACUUGUUUGUCCGAUAUGCUCUGGUGUUCUGGAGGAUCCUGUCCAGUACGACCAUCUGAUGAUUGUUUUCACACACCGUAUUAUUUACGACGAUCGGAUAAAUGGAAAGUAUUCCUUAAAAUUUGAUAUUAAUUUUAUAAUAUCAGUCACUUGUAUUUUUUGUAAUUUUCGUUCUGUCAAAGUGUUUAUAACUGUUAUCAGUUUCGGGUCGCUUCCGUUUCUCUUUUAAUGAAUAAGAUUAACAUAUAUAAUCAUAUUCUGUACAUUUUUGUAAGUGUUUAGGACAUUAUUUAGUAUUCAUUAUAUAUUUUUAUAUAUAGUACUAAGUCUUAUAAAGUAUGUAGUUUGGCUUAAAGACUGGUAGGUGAGCAAUAUGUUGCAGGCACCUGUAUGUGAACAUGCCUUUUGUCGUACAUGCAUUAAUGAAUGGAUAAAUAGACAGCCCACCUGUCCGUUGGAUCGUACACCAAUUACAUCUGCUCAGCUUAGAGCAGUUCCAAGAAUUCUUCGGAAUCUGUUGGCCCGCCUUUGUAUUAGUUGUGAUAACAUUGUGUACGGAUGUCAAGUAAUAGUUAAGCUUGAUAGUUUAGUGUCACACUUGGAGCAAUGUGAAUAUAAUCCCAAGAGACCGAUGCUUUGUGAGCAAGGAUGUAGUCUUAUUAUUCCUAAAAAUGAGCUAAAAGAUCACAAUUGUGUGAGAGAACUCAGAAAUAUUAUACAUUCGCAACAACAAAAGCUUGCUGAUAUGAAACGUGAAUUAGGUGAACAACAACUUCAAAUAAAUGAACACAAGAGGGAAAUACAUCUUUUAAAAGACUUUAUGAGAGCAUUGAGAGUUUCAAAUCCAGCAAUGCGCGCUAUAGCUGAUCAAAUGGAAAGAGACGAAGUCGUAAGAUGGUCUGCUACCCUUCCUAGAGCAAGAGUAACAAGAUGGGGAGGAAUGAUUUCCACCCCGGAUGAACUGUUGCAGACGAUGAUAAAGAGAACUUUAUCGGAAUAUAAUUGUCCGCCUCAUGUAAUCGACGAGUUAAUGGAAAAUUGUCACGAAAGGAAAUGGCCUCCAGGCUUAAACUCCCUAGAAACCAGACAGAAUUCCAGAAGGCAAUAUGACAAUUAUGUUUGUAAAAGAGUCCCUGGUAAACAAGCAGUGCUAGUUCUUUAUUGUGAUAAUACUCAUAUGCCGGAAGACAUGAUGGUUGAACCUGGACUAGUGAUGAUUUUUGCACAUGGCAUAGAAUAAAAUCUCACACCAAUGUACUGUGCAUGCCCAGAUAAUUUGAUGUUCAUCUAUUCUGUUGUUUGUUAUAUUCACUGUGACUAACUUUCAAGGUGCAUGGAAUAUCUUCGUACUUAUGUGCAAAUAUUGGGAUAUUUGCAUAAUUCAUCUUGCAAUUACUGCAGGAUAUCUUUCAAAAUGUACUGAAAAGAACAAACGACAUGCCUUUUGUGAUAAACAAUUGUACAGACGCAAUUGCCACAUACAAAAAUCUAAUUGAAUGUCUGGAUCAUUACACUGUGAUAUACUAUUUCAUUGAGAAUGUUCCUGAAAUUGCAUGAUAAAUAGUAAAUCAUUUUUAGUUAUUCUAAGUAAUCUCAUGUACAUUUCUAUAAAAUCCAUUCUUUGUUUAACAUCUGAUAAAUCAACUAUUUGUCAACUAUUUCAGGGAAUUUUUUACGUAUAUAGAAGUCUUUAAGUGUUUUAUGAUAAUGCUUUAGACAAGUAAGAAACAAAAAGUAUAGAAAUUAUCGAUAUGGUAAUUGCUACUAUUAAGAUCUAAAUGUGUUCUAAAAGAUUGAUAUCAAAUGUCAGAAUGAAGAAUAAUUUCUUCUCUUCUCUCAACAUUAUUUAUAUGAUUUUAAUAAAACAUCUAAAAGUGCGUACGAUGAAAUAAACAUGCUAUACAACGAUCGCUUAAAUAAAUUAUUAUACUCUGAGCGAACACGGUCGUAUACAUAUGUCGUUUACAACUUACAAGAUAAGAAUGCUAUUUUCACAGAAUAAUUCACAGAUAAUAGUUUAAACUAACGCGGUGUACGAUACUUAACAGUUUCGAAUUUCCUUAGUAUUGUUCUCUUUUGAAAUUGAUUUUGUAAUAACCAGUGUAUGAAGAGCAUUCGAUCCCUUAGCUAUUUUUAAAUAAAUACAUAAUAAAAUUUUAGUUUCUUGUCUUUGCACAAAUAUUUACAAAAUAAGAUAGUUUCCUAAAUUACGUUAUCUACCAUCGAAUGUAAGACCUUUGUAUAACUCAGCUUCUCAUCUCGUUGCAUUUAUCUUUCGAUACGGCAAGAAAUAUUGCAUAUUUUGCUUUGGACAUUUAGCGUGUCAAUCAUGAGUUAUGUUUACAUAUAAAUUCUUUUUACCCUCUAUUUACAUAACACAUUUUCCAAUAGCCUAAAAAACUUACGAUUUCAAUACAUUGAGUAAUAUAAGUGAUCAGCAUAUCCUUUAAUCAUUUUGUAAUAAAACUUUCGAUUUCCACGGAAUCUUUCUCUUUUUACUUUUUAUAUAUUUAAUCAUUAAAUCCGAACACUGAAGAAAAAAAACAUAUUAUAAAAUAAGAAUAUAAUACGCUGAAGUAUCUUUACAAUACAUUAACGUUUUACACGGUCAACGCUCAAUGGAUUAAAUGUUGAAAAUCAUUCUUUUCUCAGUCACCUUCAACGUGUGUACUCAGAGAUUGUGAGCAAUUUUACAUACAGUUUGAUAGUUGUCAUAAUAAAUUUCGUUUUACGUAUUUCAAGUCAUUUGAUAUAGUAUCGUUUAUUUGAUAGCAUGUUCGCGCGUAUUACAAUGCUAUAGAAUCUUCGGGCUUCACUGUCGGUAUAUCGUCGAGGAGAGAAUGCGAGAAAAUUUAAAUGGCGAAUUAAAGGGAGCACAUUGCAUUCUCUGUUAUAUUCGAGUUACUUAAAGAAUAGAAAAAAUUAUUUUGCAUAUAUAUUUUUUAAUCAUGUUACUUUCUUUAUUUAGCGUCUUCAUUUUUCUAAAUGUCUUUAUGUUUACAGAAAAGUCACAAAGCUUUUUUAUCAAUAGCGCAGAACUUUUUAUAACUUUCAUUAUGGUAUAAAAUAGUUUUCUUUGGUUGUGUAUUACAAUACGUUCUGUAUAAGUAUAUCGUUAUUACUUCGUUUUCUUCCUUUUCUUUUUUCCUUUUUCUUUUUUCUUUUUUUUUUUUUUUUUUUUUUUUUUUUUUUUUUUUUU